CUCGAAUCUCCCCAGGGUGGAUGGGGUGAGCGAGAUGCAGGGGAACCGGCGUGUGAAAGUAUAUCGCUUGAAUGAAGACGAGAAAUGGGAUGAUCAAGGCACUGGAGAUCAGAAGACCUGGCUGGGUCUGUUUGUUAUUGACGAGGAGGACAAUGAAACACUACUGCUGCAUCGCAUCAGCUCAGAUGAUAUCUAUCGCAAGCAAGAAGAUACAAUUAUUUCCUGGCGGGAUCCUGAGUUUUCAACUGAAUUGGCCCUUAGGACAUCUGGUUGCUCUUACAUAUGGGAUCAUCAUAUAUGUAGUGUGCAAAGGAAUACGCACUUUGGCUCAAUAGCCAAUGAGACUUCCAACAACAUCAAUAGUGAGUUGAGGGAACUGCCUCCAGUUGAGUUGUCUUCCCUCCCUUUAAUACUUAAGAUUGUUGAGAGUGGCAUAGCAGAUCAGUUGCGUGUGACUGAACUUAUAUUAAAUGAUCAAGAUUUUUUCCGGAAGUUGAUGGAACUGUUCAGGAUAUGUGAAGAUUUGGAAAACAUUGAUGAUCUUCACUUAAUAUUCAAAAUUGUUAGGGGAAUCAUUCUGCUAAACAGUGCUCAAAUCUUUGAGAAACUUUUCGGGGAUGAAUUGAUUAUGGAUAUAAUGGGAUGCUUAGAGUAUGACGGCUAUUUAGGUAUAUUAAGCCUGAUCUAUUUUGAUCACUCCAUGAUUGUUUGCCAUAAUGGAUGCAGGACAGACAUCCUCGUUCUUUUUCAGAGCCUGGAUGGGAGUAUUUUGCGUUCUUAUGUUAGUUGGCAGGAAGGUGCUCUUCUUGGACUCAUGGUGAAACACAUGCUUACAGAUUAUGGAGAUGACAUGCAUUGCCAGUUUUUUGAAAUUCUUCGCAGUCUUUUGGACUCUUCGCCAGGAGCUCAGAGAGAAAAUAUUGUAGAGAUUUUCUAUGAGAAGCACUUGAAUCAGUUAGUUGAUGUAUUAUCAUCAUGCCUCUCAAAUAGUGGUGGUCAAACUGGCAGCAAGUCUGGUAGCUCAUUCGGAGGAUCUGGGAAUCAAAGAUCGGUGAAGCCUGAAGUUUUGAUAAAUAUAUGUGAUCUGCUAUGCUUCUGCGUUCUGCAGCAUCCUUACAGGAUAAAAUGCGAUUUUCUCCUUAUUGAUGUCAUUGAGAAGGUUCUUUGCCUGACAAAAAGAAGAGAGAAUGCUGCUAUUAGAUUUAUGAGGUCGCUUGUUUCUCGUAGUGAUGAGCACCUAAUUAAUCAUGUUGUAAAGAAAAACCUUUUCAAACCGAUUAUAGAUGCCUUUGUUGCUAAUGGGGAUCGUUAUAAUCUUCUGAAUUCAGCAGUUCUUGAACUCUUUGAAUAUAUUCGGAAGGAGAAUUUAAAAGUACUGUUACGAUACCUUGUGGAUACUUUCUGGGAUCAGCUGGAAAAGUUUGAAACUCUCUCUUCUAUUCAUGCCCUAAAAGUUAAAUAUGAACAGUCGCUUGAAAGUGUUGGUAUGGUGAGCACUGGUACAUUGUUAGACCAAAGGAAACGACUUGACGAGCGAGCUUUGGAUAGAGAAGAGGAGGAUUAUUACAAUGAGGACAGUGAUGAGGAAGAUUCAGCAACCACUAACCGACGAAAAUUUCAACCUCCCGUGUUAGUUAAUGGGCUUGCUCUGGAAAAUACAUCCCCUAGGUCUGGUGGACUGGUUGAUUAUGACGAUGAUGAAGAUGACGAAAACUACAGGCCACCUCCGAAAAAGACUACAGGCUCGUCUGAUGAGGAUGAGGGACUGAGAGAGUUCCCAUUGAAGCGCAAAUUUGCUUCAAAAGAGGAUAGUGAGGCAAAAAGGUUAAAGCUCUCUUCGAAAAGCUUAAAACCGAGUGCUGUCUUCUGCUGUACCUUAAAGAAGGGGGAACUACCCAGCAAGAAGCCAGCAACCGGAAACAUUCUCCCUCCAAGUGUAAACCAAAAUACCGUUGCAACAAAUCCUGAGAAGGGGGGGCUCGUAGGUGCUUCUGAAAAUGCAGAAGAGGGAAAACAGAAUGGCGAAGAAGAAGUCUUUUCCAAAAGCUGUAAUGACGGUUUGGAUGAUUCUGCUGAUAACAGAAAUCUUGGAGACGAACGCACAUUGUUAUCACCAAAGUCUUCGCUGGAGAUGGCUGUGAAAGGAUCUUGAAUAUACUCAAAAGAGUUCAACAUGCUCCAACUUCCACAUGGCGGGUUCCACACGCAUUGCCAAAUCAUUUCGAGGACUCAACCAAACCGCACGAGAAAACGGGGGAGACAAACAUAUACAGAGACCCCCUCGGAUACUGGAAGGGAAAGCAUACUGUACAGUACUAUCGCACGGAUGCAGAGCACUUGCCUGGAAGCUUCUUCCUCAAUUUAUGUUUCCGGGCAAUCUUAGCUAAGUAAUGGUUCAUUGUAAGACUAGCACCGAUCACAAGCCUUUUGCUAAUACGCAAUCAUCUUUGCUUGAUUCUUUCCGCUUACCUCUAAUGUUGAUAGUCGUCUGCGUUUAUAUGUGAUAGAGAUAGGGAAGCAAUCAAAUCCUGUCUUGGCAUGGUCUGUAUAAACUAGGGAACAAAUUUAUUGAGGCCGAAUUUUGUGUUUUACUUGUGGUUAUAACUUCGUAAGUGUACAUUAUUUUAAAUUCGACGUAAACUAUAUUUUUGAAAGGGGAUAUUCAUAGCA